UCGGUUCGGGUGUGGUUCAAUAUCGAGUUCCCGCGCUGCUGCCUCGCGUCAUUUCUUUCUUCUCAUUACUCUCUCUCAUCUCCAUCGGAAACAGUUUCAGUGCAGCAAGCAAGGUUGCGAGUUUCACAAAAUUUCCUCCUUUACAUCUUGAUUCUUUCUACGAUUAAUACUUUUCUUUAGUAGGAGUACUCCAUGGAUGAACAUUUGACAGUUCAAAACGGAAAACCAAAGUUUCUCACCAUCUUGCAGUUAAUCCAGGAUGGCCGUGCUCUUACGGCCACAUCAUCUCUUCACUUCUCUCUCGGUCCUCAUAUUCAUCCAUCGUCCUACAAAUCAGUUCCUCGAGAACGGCAAUCAUGUCCCGGCCCCAGCAAUGCAGGUCCUACCACCCCUCAAAUCUUGGCCCCUUUGAACCAGCCGGCAAUGUUAAUCGGAAUCCUAACACUCCCCACCCUGACCCUGAAAUGCCCUAACAGAAGCUGCCUGCAGUUCUCGGACAAUUCAUCAACGAUUUGCUGCGACAUUAUCGAUUUCGACGCUCGCGUUAUCGGUAAGAGAAUUCGCGUACUGGCUUGGAAUUUCAUUCCCUCGAAUCACCACGGUGGGUUCUUGGAGAUCAUCGAAUGGAAAUUACUAAAUUCCGGAGUUGAACUUGGUAGGUCUUCGAGAGUAGAAUCGUUCCCGCUAUUGUCUGGUUCUUCCUGUGCGAGCGAAUACAAUUCCAAACACAGUUAUUUUGUUCACGGCACCUUGGAAUCAAUCAGCCCUGUUUCGGUUGUUCCCUGUUCGUUCGGCAAGAGCAAUAAAGUAGGGGAUUCAAGUGCUCCGGUGAAUAUUCGAGGAUUUCUAGUGAGAAUUAUUGCUUGUGAAUGUAACUUAUGUGCUUCAAGAGAGUUGAUGGCGGUUUUGCAUGACUCGACUUUCCGUCAUUCGUUUACUAAACCAUUGUUUAUUUACUUUUGUGGUUCUGCUUCGUGUUGGCAUCCUGUGAUUACGAAGCUCGUUGGUGGUGUUGUUUUACUGUCUCGGUUGAAGAAAAAGUUGAUCUUCAUGGGAAAAGAUGAGUCUCAAUUGAUGUUUGUAACUACGGAGAAUUCUAUUUUGCAUCUGCCUAGUUCGUUUAAGAAACGGCUACCAUACUUGGAAACUGUUGUUAAGGGGAAAGGUGAAUCUAGUAACUACACUGGCAUUAUCAAAGGCGUGUACAUGGAAGGCAUGGUUAUUGAAUUGGAUAAAGAGGCGUGGCUCUUACUGAGCGACAGGUUUCUUAUACCACCGCAUAGUCUCCGAGUGGGUGCUGUUGUAUCUGUGAGAAAUGUGCAUUUUGUGAAACCUAAAUUUUCUUGGACAAAAGUUCUUAUACUCGGCGCUUGCUUCAGGACUAGUAUAAUGGUAGAAUCAUUCUCUCCUUUGGAGACAGAGCAUUAUAUAGUUUCACAAUCACAAGAUUCGUUAGCAAAGUUCAUCGAAUCAUUGGCUUUUCCUGCCAGAUUUUGGGCACUGCUUGUCAUUUCAUGUUUCCGGAAAAAGUUUGCUGGUAUCUUAUCUGAGAAGGAGAUCUUUGGAUCAGAAAAUGUGAUUACCUGCUCUGGGUGUUGUAUUGUGUUUCAA